UUAGAGUUCCUUCUCAGCUCAGUCCUCUCCGUGGCUGUCCAACUCAGAACAGCAGUUGCUGAGACCACCCUGAGAAGACAAUGAUCCUAAACAGAGCUCUGAUUCUGGGGGCCCUCACCCUGACCACCAUGAUGAGCGCCUGCGGAGGUGAAGACAUUGUGGCUGACCACUUUGCCUCCUACGGCACAGUCAUCUACGAGUCUUAUGGUGAUUUUGGUCAGUACACCCAUGAAUUUGAUGGAGAUGAGGAGUUCCAUGUGGACCUGGAGAAGAAGGAGACUGUGUGGCGGCUGCCUGAGUUUGGCGAGUUUGCAACUUUUGACCCACAGGGUGGACUGAGAAAUGUGGCUACGGCAAAACACAACUUGGACAUCUGGAUUAAACGUUCCAACUCUACUGCUGCUACCAAUGAGGUUCCUGAGGUGACUGUGUUUCCCAAGUCUCCUGUGAUGCUGGGUCAGCCCAACACCCUCAUCUGUCUUGUGGACAACAUCUUCCCUCCUGUGAUCAAAGUCACAUGGUUGAGGAAUGGGCACUCAGUCAGUGAAGGUGUUUUUGAGAUGAGUUUCCUCCCCAAGACUGAUGAUUCCUUCCUGAAGAUCAGUUACCUCACCUUCCUCCCUUCUGCUGACGAUAUUUAUGACUGCAAGGUGGAGCACUGGGGCCUCGACGAGCCACUUCUGAAACACUGGGAACCUGAGAUUCCAACUCCUGUGUCAGAGCUGACAGAGACUGUGGUCUGUGCCCUGGGGUUGGCUGUCGGCUUUGUGGGCAUCGUGGUGGGCACCUUCCUCAUCAUCCGAGGCGUACGCUCGGGUGGUGCCUUAAGACACCAAGGAUGCUUGUGAGUUGCACCAUAGAAGGGAAGGCACGUUGCCCAUCUACAAGAACAGAAGAGUGAAUGUGCUAGAUGACCUCGCACUAUUUACUGGCCCAGUUCAUCAUACUCCUUCUCUUCUUCAUCGUUUUUCCUCUAACCUCUUCCCUGGGACUCAAGGUGCUGUAUCUCCCAAGAGCUCUCAUACCCUUCAGAAUUCUCCCCCUGACUGCCGGAUUAUUUUUUCUCUUCUCAAUUGUUACCUACUAUGGGAUGCCUGGGACAUUCCAUCCAGUUACCUAAUCUCUAGGGACCCUGAUCCAAUGUCUCCAUGGAAGCAAUAAAUUCUCCUUUAUGAGAUCUUUUAUUAAAAUUUUUCCUGUAUUUCAUCUCAGGGCUGACUAGAACCAUGGUCCCUUAUGCUUCAGGCUCAUUUAAUGUCAUUUUUCAUUUUCCAGAUCAUGUUUCAUGCCCCAUAACCGAAGUGCAUCCAAGUAUAAACUGAUAAUAUUUUGAUAGCUAAGGUUAGUAUUUCUCUCUUCCUUGUGUUCCCACCCUUGGCCACUCCAACUCCCCCAACCCCCGACCCCCAGUUCAGGCAUCAGUGAAGGUAACACAUGCCUUAAGCCUUCAGUGUUCAUUUGUUAUAGCAGAAAUAUAAAAAACAAGAAAUAAGUCUGUAUUCAUUUUAAUAUAGUUUUUAAAAGUUAUGACAGACAAAUAAGUUAGGGGAAAGGAAUUUUGAAACUCAAAAGUACCAAACGUCAAAAUUUUUGUACUGAAGUAAAAAUUUGUUCCCAAAAGUUUAAAUUUGUGAAGAACAAAUGAUGAUAGUAGAAGCUUUGUUCUCCCCUCCUCACUCUUGAGGAGAUAAGAAUUCUCCAGGCAGGAAAAGCAAUGAAAGGCAGUUAGAAGAGUGUUAGAAUAGGACAAUAAUGCAGGUAUCUGAGAAGACCGAUACUUUGUCCUUACUUAGGGUUAGUAACAAUGGAAAAAUG